UGAGAAGUGUGUGAUUACUUUGAUUAAAAUAAUUAAAAUAUAUUAUAUUACACAAUGUGUUACUUUGAUUACACAGACCUCUUCACGCAACUAAUCUCUGUUCAUCUUAACAUCAGUGCUGCAAUAACAGAUGUUUAAGUCAUUCAGUCCUGUACUGUUGACUAAAACUGCUGUUAUCUAGACAGAGUGUGUAAGCACUCCUCUCUGUUUUGAUGAUGAUGUCAGUGCAGAAGUAUCUUGGACAUUUUCACAGAUGGUAUCAGAUUACAAGCUGGCUUAAUUAGGGACAUGUUUGUUAUGAUACAGCAUGUUACUAUCUAAAGCAUUACCAAAGCAUUACAUUCACAGUUUGAGAACAUCAAACUUAGCUAGCGAUGUUUUAGACAUCUUCAGGCAGACUGACAACCGCAUCUUACCCAGCAUGAUAUUCGCUGGAGGAUAGACUAGGCAAGAUUAGAAAGUAAUGAAAAAUAUUUCCAAAUGAUUUUCGUGAAAUAUAUUCAUGGUUUCUCAAAGAAGAGGGGUUAAAGACUGGCGUGCCAAGCAUCUUCAAUGAGCACUAAUGCAAACAGCUCACCCAGUCAGCAUGCCUUUUGGACUGUCACAAACUCAACUAUGCAUCUCACAUCCUAAAAAGGAGAAAAGAAUCAAAUAAGCAGGUACAGAGGUUUUGACGUCAGCUGGCGAAGUGGCAGAUACGUAUUUCUGUCGUGUCAUCUGAUGUCAUCAAGACCCUGAAUGCGGAGCUGAUGGGAGAGUGGGCUAGAUGGGGAAGGAUGGAGAGAGCUGGAGAGGGGAGGGAGGAGGUAGGAUGAAGCAGCCUGUGACAUCACUCCAGCUCUUAUAUACUGGGUGGAAUGGAGCCCAGCGCUCCUCAGUUGAUUCCUGAAAAAGCCAACAGGACACACGGCACGAUAGGCUGGACAAGGAGCCUAGAGAAAAGUGUCUGUUGGAGUCAUCUUCAUUUCCUGAUCUUGCUUUUGCUCUCAUUUUACUUUGCCCUGUUCACUCUAUCCACUCCUUCUAGUCUUGACCUAUAACCUUAUGGACUCGGGCCUAGCUUAAAGGUGCAACAUCUGUGGGAUUGUCAGCAAGAUGUCAAUGCAGCUGACCUUUGUGGUUUUUCUCUUUCUGACCAUCAGUGGACUCUGCUCAGAUGCUGAUCAGGCCAAAGAGGCGAUGGAAGAGGAGAUACUGAGCAGCCUCUUUACUUCAGAGCUACAACAGAGCAGACACAGCUCCCCCCUGUGGCAGAUGCCUGUACUAAACAUGUGUCGGAUGCUGGCGAGGGUUAGUGAGCCCUGGCAGGAUGACUGGUACGCAAACAAGUUCCAGCCAGCGUAUGACCAGAGGGUCUCCACUGCUGUGAGCCCAACAUUGCAGGAACUGUAUGACCUCCUGACCCUCUGCAGAGUCCUCCAGCCCAAAGAGCUUGACCAAGAAUACCUUGAAGUGGACCAGAACAGUGACAGGCCACUGAAACGAAAAUCUCCAUAUAUUCUAAAGAGGCAACUGCACACCAAGAAAGCGAGGCGACCAUAUAUUCUGAAACGAAGUUCAUUUUACUGACCCUUACGACCACCAACAAACAGACACUUUACACUCUGUGAAUAUGUUGCUAUUUUCACAGUAGUAAUAUCUAAGCAGUACUAGCUGGUUUAUGUGUUCACUUUGGUUUGCUUUAGCUUAUUGUCACACCGGAGUCUUGUCCCACACCAGAGUCUUGUCCCAUGUUCUCGUUUACUAAGGGACUGGUUGUGUAAAUAAAAUCAGUAAGCAUCUAC